AUGAUGAUGCGCCGUAUUUUUUGUGUUGUGUUGGUGCUGGCACUGCUGUGCUGCUGCUCGUGCGUGUUUGCCGUGAAGGAAGGGGAGGAGCAAGAGCCGCAGGUGACGCAGGUGAAUGCAGAGUGUGCGGGUGACGGUAAUGUUGCGCGUUGGCAACUCCGUGGGAAGUCAUUGUGGUACAACUGCUCGGAUGCAGCUCCUGGUGCGGGACAAAUGAUUUGCAGCAUGGGCGACGGAAACUGUGCGUCCGAGGAUGUUCGGAAGCGUAUCAACGGAGGUGCGAAGGAUGGCGUCUUCACAAUCAACGUCACAUCGCCCACUCCAGACAUCCUGGAAAUUUGGUGGAAGCGUAAAGUGGAGCCGAAGGCGGCCACCGUUGAAAGUGUUCCGGCCAAACCUUUGGAAGCAGAACCUCCGAGCCCUCCAGAGGACAAUAUUUCUCGUGAAACAUCUUCCAGACCGGAUUCUGAAUCUUCUCCUGCUGUCGUUCAGGUUGCGACUGGUGCCCCUCCUCCUCCACCACCUGCAACUUCAGGCGGCGCUGGUGCUGACUCUGCUGCUGGCGCUGCGGCCACGACGGAUCCUUCUGCUGCGGCCUCGCAAGCGUCGGAUCACGCUCCCUCUGGUGAACUUCAAGGCCCUUCACAUUCUGCCUCUGCUGCUUCUCCUGCACCCGAAUCCAUACCAGACCCGGAGCUCACAGAGAGCGGCGGCCACUCCUCCCAUGACCCCCCCAGUGGAGCUGCAGGAAGAGAAUGCUGCUGCGCCACCGACUCAGUUGUCCCAGACCGGCGAGGACGGGGGUGCAGCGGAAGGCGCCGAAGAGGACACCGCCGCCAACACCACCGACACUGA